UGGGUGACUAAGGCACUUCCUGACCUCUCCCUCUUCUUCCCUUUAUCUUCAUUCUCACUCACCCACUCCAUUCUAUUUCUAUUCUCCACACACUCUCUCAUCAUUCUCUCUCUCUUUCUCCCACGAGCGCCAUGGCGCUGCACUCCGUGUCUUCCGUCUCUCACGUGCUGCGCCUCUGUGAGCCCUUCCCUUCCAUCCACAACGCUCACGUGCUCCACGACCUUGCGCCACUCCGCCACAAGUCCAAGCGCCGCAGCCGCAGAUUGACGCCGUUUCCCGCUCCCUCGCUGCUCCGUCAUUCCUCCGUCAAGGCCGUUCUCCACCUUGACCGCUCUGCCGACAACCGCCUCCAUCAUUCGCCUGCUUCCUCUUCUUCCGAUUCCAAGCCACAGUCACUUGUUGGACAGGUUGCAAACUUGGAGGACAUAAUAUCAGAGAGAGGAGCCUGUGGCGUUGGAUUCAUUGCCAAUUUGGAGAAUAAGGGAUCACAUGAGAUUGUCAAGAAUGCUUUAAAUGCUUUAAGUUGUAUGGAACAUCGUGGUGGCUGUGGAGCAGAUAAUGACUCUGGUGAUGGUUCAGGGCUGAUGACUGCAGUUCCAUGGGAUCUAUUUGAUAAUUGGGCCAGCAAGCAAGGGAUUUCUUCCUUUGAUAAGUUGCACACUGGUGUUGGAAUGGUCUUCUUACCCAAAGAUGCAAAACUUCUCAAUGAGGCAAAGAAAGUUAUUGUAAAUACUUUUCGGCAAGAAGGUCUUGAGGUUCUUGGUUGGAGGCCUGUCCCUGUAAAUACUUCUGUAGUAGGUUAUUAUGCGAAGGAGACCAUGCCCAAUAUACAGCAGGUAUUUGUUAAGAUUGUGAAAGAAGAAAAUGUUGAUGACAUUGAACGAGAACUGUACAUCUGUCGAAAAUUGAUUGAAAAAGCAGUGAGCUCAGAAAGUUGGGGAAAUGAGCUUUAUUUCUGUUCUUUAUCCAAUCAAACCAUAGUUUACAAGGGGAUGCUUCGUUCAGAAGUGCUUGGGUUAUUUUAUUCUGACCUUCAAGAUGAUCUAUACAAGUCCCCUUUUGCCAUAUAUCAUCGAAGGUACAGCACAAAUACUAGUCCCAGGUGGCCUCUUGCACAACCAAUGAGGCUUCUUGGUCAUAAUGGAGAGAUCAACACCAUACAGGGGAACUUGAAUUGGAUGCAAUCACGAGAACCAUCAUUGAAGUCACCUGUAUGGCGAGGUCGUGAGAAUGAAAUUCGCCCAUACGGAAAUCCGAAGGCAUCAGACUCUGCAAAUCUUGACAGUACUGCAGAAUUAUUGAUAAGAAGUGGUCGAAGUCCUGAGGAAGCUAUGAUGAUUCUUGUUCCAGAGGCUUACAAAAAUCAUCCAACUCUGUCAAUCAAAUAUCCUGAGGUGGUUGACUUCUAUGACUACUACAAGGGUCAGAUGGAAGCUUGGGAUGGACCGGCCUUGCUUUUGUUCAGUGAUGGGAAAACUGUUGGUGCAUGCCUUGAUCGUAAUGGUCUUCGACCUGCUAGGUAUUGGCGAACAUCAGACAAUAUGGUCUAUGUUGCCUCUGAGGUUGGUGUUGUGCCAGUGGAUGAGUCAAAGGUUGUCUUGAAAGGCCGUCUAGGUCCUGGCAUGAUGAUAACAGUUGAUUUGCUUGGUGGUCAGGUCUAUGAGAAUACAGAGGUUAAAAAACGAGUAGCCUUAUCAAACCCAUAUGGGAACUGGAUCAAGGAAAAUUUGCGGUCUUUGAAGCCUGGAAACUUCCUUUCAGCUUCUGUGAUGGACAAUGAUGCAGUAUUAAGACAACAACAGGCAUUUGGGUACUCUAGUGAAGAUGUCCAGAUGGUGAUUGAGAGUAUGGCUGCUCAAGGAAAGGAGCCCACAUUUUGCAUGGGAGAUGAUAUUCCAUUGGCAGCUUUGUCCCAGAAACCUCACAUGCUUUUUGAUUAUUUCAAGCAAAGGUUUGCACAGGUUACAAAUCCUGCAAUUGAUCCUCUUCGAGAAGGACUGGUUAUGUCUCUUGAAGUGAAUAUAGGGAAGCGAAGGAAUAUAUUGGAAAUUGGGGCAGAGAAUGCUUCACAGGUUAUGUUAUCUAGUCCAGUGUUGAAUGAAGGGGAUCUUGAGUCAUUACUAAAAGACUCCCACUUAAAACCACAAGUGUUACCGACAUUUUUUGAUAUAACCAAGGGCAUUGAAGGUUCCCUGGAGAAAGCAUUAAAUAAGCUUUGUGAAGCUGCAGAUGAAGCUGUCAGAAAUGGUUCUCAGCUGCUUGUUCUCUCAGACCGUUCAGAAGCACUGGAACCAACUCAUCCUGCAAUUCCAAUACUUCUUGCUGUUGGUACUGUUCAUCAGCAUCUAAUACAGAAUGGCCUGCGGAUGUCAGCUUCAAUUGUAGCAGAUACUGCUCAAUGCUUUAGCACUCACCAGUUUGCCUGUUUAAUAGGAUAUGGUGCAAGUGCUGUGUGUCCAUACUUGGCAUUGGAGACUUGUCGGCAAUGGCGUUUGAGUAAUAAAACUGUAAAUCUGAUGAGGAACGGGAAGAUGCCUACUGUAUCGAUUGAACAGGCACAGAAGAACUAUUGUAAGGCUGUAAAAGCAGGUCUUCUUAAAAUUCUUUCCAAAAUGGGCAUCUCAUUGCUUUCAAGUUACUGUGGUGCACAAAUAUUUGAAGUCUAUGGAUUAGGAAAGGAAGUUGUUGAUAUUGCAUUCAGAGGAAGUGUGUCGAAAAUUGGUGGAUUAACUUUUGAUGAGGUGGCAAGAGAGACUUUGUCUUUCUGGGUUAAGGCAUUUUCUGAAGAUACAGCUAAAAGGUUGGAAAAUUUUGGAUUUAUACAGUUCAGACCAGGAGGGGAAUAUCAUGCAAAUAACCCAGAAAUGUCAAAGUUGCUCCACAAAGCUGUUCGUCAGAAAAGUCAAAGUGCCUUUUCAGUUUAUCAGCAGUAUUUGGCUAAUCGACCCGUGAAUGUUCUCCGUGAUCUUCUUGAAUUCAAAAGUGAUCGUGCUCCAAUACCUGUGGGGAAGGUUGAACCUGCUACAUCUAUUGUGCAACGGUUUUGCACUGGGGGCAUGUCACUUGGAGCUAUUUCCAGAGAAACUCAUGAAGCAAUUGCAAUUGCCAUGAACAGAAUAGGUGGAAAAUCAAACUCAGGGGAAGGUGGUGAGGAUCCUAUUAGAUGGAAACCACUUACAGAUGUCGUUGAUGGUUAUUCUCCAACUCUUCCACACCUUAAAGGUCUUCAAAAUGGGGAUACUGCUACUAGUGCCAUCAAGCAGGUUGCUUCAGGAAGGUUUGGUGUCACCCCGACAUUCUUGGCAAAUGCUGAUCAAUUAGAAAUCAAGAUUGCACAAGGUGCAAAACCUGGUGAAGGUGGACAAUUGCCAGGGAAAAAAGUUAGCAUGUAUAUUGCAAGAUUGAGAAAUUCUAAACCAGGAGUUCCUCUUAUAUCUCCACCACCUCAUCAUGACAUUUAUUCUAUUGAGGACCUUGCUCAAUUGAUCUUUGAUCUUCAUCAGGUAAACCCUAAGGCCAAGGUGUCAGUAAAACUGGUGGCUGAAGCUGGAAUUGGCACUGUUGCAUCUGGGGUUGCCAAGGGCAAUGCUGACAUUAUACAGAUUUCAGGACAUGAUGGGGGAACAGGAGCAAGCCCUAUUAGUUCCAUCAAGCAUGCAGGAGGUCCUUGGGAACUUGGGCUUACAGAAUCUCACCAGACACUUAUUGAAAAUGGACUGAGAGAAAGGGUUAUUCUCAGAGUUGAUGGUGGAUUUAGAAGUGGAGUUGAUGUCAUGAUGGCAGCAAUAAUGGGUGCUGAUGAAUAUGGGUUUGGUUCAGUGGCAAUGAUUGCUACUGGAUGUGUUAUGGCCCGCAUUUGCCACACCAAUAAUUGCCCAGUUGGUGUUGCCAGUCAGAGGGAAGAGUUGCGAGCUCGUUUUCCUGGUGUUCCUGGUGAUCUUGUCAACUACUUUUUGUAUGUAGCUGAGGAGGUAAGAGGCGUAUUGGCACAGCUGGGGUAUGAGAAGUUGGAUGAUGUGAUUGGCCGGACUGACUUGUUGCAACCAAGAGACAUAUCUCUAGCAAAAACUCAGCAUCUAGAUCUGAAUUAUAUCCUAUCUAGUGUUGGGUUACCUAAAUGGAGCAGUACACAAAUUAGGAAUCAGGAGCCUCAUACCAAUGGUCCUGUUCUGGAUGAUGUUUUGCUAGCAGACCCGGAGGUUGCAGAUGCCAUUGAAAAUGAAAAGGUGGUUAAUAAGACCAUAAAAAUAUUCAACAUUGAUCGUGCUGUUUGUGGACGCAUAUCCGGUGCCAUUGCAAAGAAGUACGGUGACACUGGUUUUGCUGGACAGUUGAAUAUAACAUUUACAGGAAGUGCUGGGCAGUCAUUUGCAUGCUUUCUGACACCUGGAAUGAACAUUCGCCUGGUAGGAGAGGCUAAUGAUUAUGUUGGGAAGGGCAUUGCUGGUGGUGAGUUGGUUAUCACUCCAGUUGACAAGACAGGGUUUGAACCUGAGGAUGCAGCUAUUGUAGGGAAUACUUGCUUGUAUGGGGCAACUGGUGGACAGGUCUUUGUUAGAGGGAGAGCUGGGGAAAGAUUUGCUGUCAGAAACUCACUUGCGGAAGCUGUGGUUGAAGGCACAGGAGAUCAUUGUUGUGAGUACAUGACUGGUGGUUGUGUGGUUAUCUUGGGAAAAGUGGGUAGAAAUGUAGCUGCUGGAAUGACAGGAGGAUUGGCUUACAUUCUUGAUGAGGACAAUACUCUCAUACCCAAGGUAAACAGAGAAAUUGUAAAAAUCCAACGGGUGUCAGCCCCUGUUGGGCAGAUGCAACUGAAGAGCCUGAUUGAAGCUCAUGUUGAAAAAACCGGUAGUGGCAAAGGUGCGGCUAUUCUGAAGGAGUGGGACAAGUACUUAUCACUAUUUUGGCAGCUGGUUCCACCUAGUGAAGAGGAUACCCCUGAGGCAAGUGCCGAUUAUGACACAACUACGGCAGAACAGAUAAGUUUUCAGUCUGCCUAGGGCCACAUUGCAAGGGUAGAUUGAUUACGCCUGGCUAUGGAGCCAUUGUUGUGUCCCUGCUUUGUACAGGAAUGGGAGUCUCUCAAUAGGGUGGAUUUGCUAGCUAGCCAAAAUGGGAUUACACUAUCCCUUGAAACCACGGUGCUACAUUCAUUCUCAACAUCAUUUUUGCCAGCUGUACGAGCCACCGGUAUACAUCCAUCUCAAGCAUUAUCUCAGCUCUUGUAUAGCCUUGUAAUAGAAAAAACUGUAAAUAAAAUGCGAAUCGGGUUGCUGAUUUUUGUGGAUGAUCAAAAUAAAUUAGUUGGGGCCUCAUAUAUGCCUGGCCAUCUAUGUACUCUAAUCAAAUGAAAUUUUAUUGUUUUCCCCUUGCACGAUCAAAUUGCCUUCUUUCUUGCACUUUUUCAAA